AUGGCGCCAACUAUGCCACUCUGUCGUCUGCUUCUCGCAGCUGCAUCUUGUCUUUCUGUGGUCUCUGCUUUCGCCACCAAGUGCAAAGGAUGUGCUGCAGAUACAGUCAUGCUCAAUGGGUCUAUUUACAGCCUUGACGAGUUUUCAUCCAAGCACAAUGCAAUGGCUGUGAAGAACGGUUUCAUUACUUUUCUCGGGAGUGAUGACGGCGUUCGGCCUUUGAUCGGCCCUGACACCCUGGUAUUCGAUCUUGAAGGCCGGAUGGCAAUGCCGGGCUUGGUCGAUGCUCACAUGCAUGUCAUUUCGGGUGGUGCAGACCUCCUCAAGUGCAGCAUGAACUACCAACCAUUGGGACUCCAGGAGGCGCUCGACCAUAUCCAAGGAUGCCUGGACUCGGACACUGACAAGAGUGACGAAGAUUGGCUCGAUGUCAUCGCUCUCGACUAUUACACCUUGUCCGAUACCACCGGGGGCGUGACGAAGCGAGAUUUGGACAAGCUCAAGACGAAGCGGCCUAUCCUAGUCCAGUCAGCAGACCGACACACAUUCUGGGUCAACUCAAUUGCUCUUCGUGCCUCUUCCAUCACAGCUGCGACUAAGAACCCUGCCGGAGGUGUGGUCGAACGUCUCCCUGGCAGUAAAGAACCGUCUGGAAUUCUACAAGACAACGCAAGUGGCUUACUAGCCGGCCCUGCUCCCGCGACACCUGAAGAUAACAUCAAGUCUGGAAAGGCUGCUCUGAAGCUGCUUCGAGAGCAAGGCGUUACAGCUUUUCAGGAUGCUGCUGCAGGCCCAGACGCUGGCAAGGUUUUUGCUGCGAUCAAGAAAGAAGGGGGUCUUAGUGCUCGAGGAUUCUUCGAUUACCGAAUCGAUGCACCCAACUCGACGAAAGAGAUCGAUGCCUUGGUGGAGGACGUCCUCAAUGUCACUUCGACCUGGAACGAUCCCACGGAGUUGGGCCCAGAUCCAACUCUUAAGUGGCAUGCGGUGAAGCUGUUUGUUGACGGCGUCAUCCUGUACCCAGCAAACACUGGUGCCCUUCUUGAGCCAGAAAUCCUCAGCGCAGUCCUCGCACCUCUCAUUUGCAACCGCAUAGACGCUCAGAUGCAUGUCGACGGCGACUUGGCAGUCCGUGUUGCCCUUGAUGCCCUGGAGGAUGUCCGCUCCAAGUAUCCUCACCUGAACGACUAUCGAAUUGGGCUUGCCCAUAACGAAGUGACUGACCCAAGCGACUGGCCUCGUUUUGCUGAGCUCAAAGCUGAUCCCAUCAUGAGCUUUCAGUGGUCGCAAGCUAGCUCAGUUUGGCUUCCCAAUGGUCUAAAGAGCAUGGGACCAGUCCGUUCAAACUAUCUUGAGGCUUGGGGAAAUAUUGCUGCCUUUGGCUCCCGGAUUGUAUACGGAAGUGAUUGGCCGAUUGACCCACUCGAUGAGUGGCUUGCGAUCAAGGCCGGCGUCACCCGUUCUGGCGAUCCGACGAACCCCAACUCCCCAGCUUCGCAGGGUGCGCCGUACAACGGCACGGGUAUCCCUGGCCUUUCGCUCACCCGUGAACAAGCUAUUCGGGCCAUCACGACAGAGAGCUCGAGGUUCGUCAGGGCCGAUCGAUACAUAGGCUCAUUGGAGGUUGGCAAGGUUGCAGAUGUGAUCAUCCUACAGUCCAACUACUUUGAAGUGCCUGACGAAGAGAUUGCUCGCCAGAAGACUUUGGUCACCAUGGUUGGCGGCGAAGUUGUGUACAUUGCAGAGGGCGUCGAUUUUGGAAAUGGUGCUGUGGCAAAGUUUCCUAACAACGACACCGUUAGCCAGACCAUGACGAGGAGAAGCGUGGGAGGCAUCCAAGGCAGGUCUUUGUCUGAAGAGGGGCGGGAGUCAAUGCGCAGAUUGGCUGUUCACAAUGCCUGCGAUCAUGGAGCCGACCACAGGCAUUGA